AUUAACACCGAAAUAAAUGGACAUAAAGUUAGAGCUAUUUAUGAUACCGGGAGUGAAAUAAAUAUUCUAAAUACGUCAAUAUACAAGCAAGGAUUAGGUUUACUGGCGGACAUGGAAUAUCGGACAAGUCUAAGAGAUGCAAACAGCGGAAUCAGAACUCUUCAAGGAAUUAUUAGAAGUGUUCCAAUUGAAAUCAGAAGUAUUAAGACCCUAGGAAUGGUAUUAUUAAAUGAGAAUGCACCUUUUGACUUAUUAUUAGGCCGAUCUUGGCAAUCUGAGAAUAGAGUUGGCCUCAUAGAGAGAGCCGACGGCACAUAUCUAACAUUCCCUAAUCCG